AUGGAUAAAGUUCAACCUUCGAAGCUGAGAAGUUUUAAGGAUCUGUUGAAAUGUGCAAUCUGUUUCGAUAUUUUCACUGAUCCUAAAAUCCUAAGUUGCCAUCAUUUCUUUUGUGCAGAAUGCAUUGAAAAACAUCAUGCAAGUUCUCAGGAGGGCAACUUGGCCCACUGUCCAAUUUGCAGGCAGGGAUUUGUAUUGGAUCUUUCCGGAGCAUCUAGCCUACCUUCUUGCUACUUUAUAAAUGAUAUGCUUGAAAAUUUUUCGAAGGAGCAUUUUGAAGAAAAGAAGGAAAUUGAUUUAGAGAGGUUAUGCGAGGCGUUAUGUUUAAAGAGUGAAAAGAGAGUUUCUGCCGUGUAUGCCUGUCCACCUUGUGGUUUAGAUCUUUGUCAAGAUUGUUCAGAAGCACAUCAGGUUUUCUUUUCACAUCAUGAAAUUGUUGAUGUUAAAGAUUACCAAAGACCAGCUAUGGUUCAGACCUUAGAAUUAGAAGAAGAAAGUUUGAAAUGCAGUCAUCACAAGGAAUACAACCUCAACAAUUUCUGUACGGACUGCCAAGCUGUUUUAUGUCAAAUAUGUAAAUUAAAGCAUAAAGAUCAUGCUUGUAUCUCUAUAGAAAGUAUUAAGACCAACACGCUUGAACUGCGAGAAAAACUGGCAAGAAUAAAAGAUGACAUUGAGAGAAAAAAGAGAGAUAUUCAAACAUUCAAAAUAAUUCUUACAACAAGCGAAGCCAAAGCACUAAAUAAACUGCGCAGUACACAUAAGCAAUUGCACGAAAAAAUAGACUUGCAGAAAACCUAUAUGGAAAACCAAUUAAAAACAUAUUCAUCACACCUUCAGGGAGAAAUAACAAAAACUCUUGAAGAUGUAGAUGUUCAUUCCAAGUCCAUCGAGAGUAUCCUUGAGCUUAUCCACACGCUUUAUGCAUUCGGCAAUGAUCGUUGCCUUUUGAUGUACUGGCAAAACAUUAAGGACAGGAGUGAGAGUAUAAAUGUUGAUGAUUUAAUACCUUCACAGUUAGAAUCUAAAGACGCAAUUAAAUUUGAUGCCAUUGCUGUCGAUACCGUUAACAUUGGAGAGCUCACGUUUUCAUCUCCAGACACCAAUUGUUUUGGCAUGUUUGACACGAAACUCGAGGAAGAUGGAUUGCCUUUGAAGCAGACGACAGAGGAGAUAUAUGAUGAUGGGAUUUUCUAA